UUGCAUUCCUGGCAUUCCGACCUCAGUCCCUCCUCGGUUACUUAUUAUCGCCGCUUGCUCUCUCCACAAUCAUUUCACAGCAAGAGAGGAUCGCGGCAACACGUUCAAGGGGGGAAAUGAGACACGUUUAACUUAAAAAAAAAAAAGCUGAUGCCAAUAGUGGAACUAUUUUUACUUCGAAGUCGAGGAUAACGUUGGGUUAUGAUGAGAGCGUGAGCUGGUUCACAGCUGUUUUUUUUUUUUUUAUAUUUUCACUGAGGAAAAAGUCAACUGAUUCAAAGAGAUAAUCACUAAGUUCACAAGCAGUAUGUUGUCCACCGAGGAGUCGUCUGGCAAAGUCCUGCAUCGGCUCAUCCAGGAGCAGCUCCGCUACGGAAACCCCACAGAUACCCGUACCUUAUUAGCCAUCCAGCAGCAGGCCCUGCGGGGAGGCAGUGGAAGCAACAGUGGACCCAGCAGUGGGGGCGACAUGAGCAGUAGCCCACAAUCUUCUUUGGAGAGUCUCACCCAGGAGGAUCCUCUCUACCCUCAGCUCUCUGCGAGGCAGGAACCGCAGGGCCAGGAGCACCAGGGAGACUACCAUCACUCAGAAAGUGGCUACCAGCUGCAUGGGGAGAAGCUGCCAACCUAUGAGCAAGCCAAGGCUCAGUCUCAGUACAUGGCUUGGCAGCUCCAUGAGGGAAAGCUUCUGCAUGAAGGGGUCUUCCACGAAGAGGCUGAUCUGAUGGCGCUAAAGUGCAGCCAUGUGCGGUCUCUCAGCGAGCAUCACAUGCAGAUAUCUCUGGAGAGGAAAGACGCAGCGGCUAAAGCAGAAGCCAUAAAGAUGACCUCUCACAGCUACCCUGAGCUUCCUUACUACAGCCCACAAUGCUACCAGGGCCUGGGGCCAAACAUGGACAAAUGCAACCCACCCCCAGAGUACUCAGCCCCCAUCCAGGGCCAAGGAUUUAUCCCUCACCAGGUCCAGGAGCCAGUGCAGCCUCAGCAGCACAGGUAUGUCCAGUCUGGUCAGCCAGCAGAACCCCCCUGCUACGGCACAUUCAACAGCCUGCCACCUGCUGGCUUGGAGGAGCCCAACCAGGUGGAGCUGCUGCUGAUGGAGAACGAGAGGCUGAGACAAGAACUGGAGGCUCACAGGGAGAAGAGCGGCCGUAUUCAAAAGUUGGAGCAGGAGAUCCAGCGUAUUUCAGAGGCCUAUGAGACACUGAGGGAGGCCAGCAAUAAGAGAGAGAACUUGGAACAGACACUGAGGAGGAGGCUUGUGGCUGAAGCCAGGAGGCUGCAGGAUUUCAACAGAGACCUUAGAGAAAACCUGGAAAAUGCUAGGACCCAUGUUGCAAAAGAAGUCAAGGCAGCCGACCAUAACCAGAACAUCAUGGCAAAGCUGCUUGAACAAAAUGAGGAGCAGAAUGUCGAGCGGGAGCGCAUGGAGAGGGAGCUGCAGCGGCUGCGAGCCGCAGCUGAGGAGCAGAACCUCAGGGCCAAACGACUCGAGGAGGCCCUGGAGGCGGCUCGAGGACGAGGUCGCCAGCUCGAGGAGGAGCUGAGGAGGAAGAGGGCGUAUGUAGAAAAGGUGGAGAGGCUUCAGAGCGCGCUGGCUCAGCUCCAGUCCACCUGUGAGAAGAGGGAGAGCCUGGAGAUGAGGCUGAGGACACGACUAGAGCAGGAGCUGAGGAGUCUGAGGGCACAACAGAGGCAGUCACAGCCCCCUGGAAUGACCAUGAACUCACUCCAAGAGCGCCUGCGGGAGCGUGAGGAGCGAAUCCUUGCCCUUGAAGCCGACGUGGUGCGCUGGGAGCAGAAGUAUCUGGAAGAGAGCACCAUGAGGCAGUUUGCCAUGGAGGUGGCUGCCACUGCCGCUGCCCAGAGGGACACCACAAUCAUUAACCACUCGCCCUGCCACUCCUCCAACAACAGCUUCAACGAGGACUUGCCAGUCGCCGACCACAGGAACCAGGAGAUGGAGAACAGGAUCCGUGCCCUUUAUGCUCAGAUUUUGGAAAAAGAUGCCGUGAUCAAAAUCCUCAACCAGCGGCUGCACCAGGACCAGGGUCGAAAGGACGAGCAAAGUCCACCUGAAAACCUCCUGAAUGCAGCGGGGGCAACCCUCCGAUCUGCCUCCUCCACUCCCUCCAUCAGCCCCACAAAGAGCAACACUAAGACACGAGGUAAGAGUCUUUCAGAUGAUCAGACUUUGCCCAGUCGUCAGCUCUCUCCUCAGUCUGAACCUGGGACGCUAGAAAGGCAGGCGGAGGGAACCAAAACCAAAGAGGCAGCCAGUACAACUAAGCUCAACAGUGUCAAGGCAGCGCCUAAGAAGUUGCUAUUAAACCCCUUCAGGGGCCUGGAUGAGCUGGAUUCGGAGGCAGUGGAAAUCUUCAUUUAAAGAACUGAGAGGGAGAUUUUGAAUGGGGAUGCGGAAAAGAAAAAAGAAGCUAUUUCUGAGUAUCUGUGAAGAGGUGCAAGACUGGAACUAAAUACUGGAGGCAGGAAUGUUACCAAAAGAAAGGAGGAAAAAAAAGGACUGUUUUCACAUUUUAGAGACAGAGCUGUGCUCCGACUCACUUUCUCUCACUCGGCUGGACAGCUGCAGGCAGUCUGCCUGGUGGAGUGAGAAAAGAUGAAUCUUCUGAGGUACUUGGACAGUAUUUUGGAUUCUAACAUGGCAACGUGUUCUCAGAGAGUGUAUGCCAAAAUAUUUAUAAAUAAAUAUAUAUAAAUAUAAAUGCUGCUUUCCCACCCUGUAUAAUCCCUAUUAUUUCUCUUCCCAAACCAAUGAAUUAAAAAGCUACAUAUUUAUCUUAUCUGGUUUCCACAUUCCCCAAAUAUUAACUUAAGCCUCAAGCUCUUCUAGAUAAACAUUUAGUAAGAGGUUAUCUUUAUGAUCCACCCCUUCUCUUGAAGUUUAAAACAAAUGAACAAAAAAAAGUGAAUUUAAUUCCGAUCAGAUAGAUAUUAUCUUUACGUAAGACUCCCCGUUAUUAAUUAAUUUAAGCUGAUAACACUGCUGAUUUUAGCGCUCCUGCUCUUCGCACGUCUUGAGUCUCGGGUAGCUGGUUCUACAGAGCUUCAGAGGUGCAUGAACAGGGAGCUGUAUAAUAUAUAAAUGCAUAUACUGACACAGACCUGGUGUUGCAAGCUUGCAAUUUUGGGAGGAUGCAGCAUCACGGUGUUUCAUCUUCUCUUUGUUUCUCAUGCUCUUUAUCUUUUUUUUUUCUCAUAGUAUGUUUGCAUGUGUGGUUACAGUUUGAGAGUGUUUGCCCUGAUGUGGUGAUCCAGCUGGUUUGGUCGCCAUUUAGGGGCAAAAGUUGAAAAUGCUGUGUUGUUGUUUUUCUUUUUGUUUACUGUGAGCUUUGAACUAACAAACAGGUUAAUUAUUAUUAUUAUUAUUGUUAUUAUAUAUUUUCUACAGAUUUUUGUUAUUUUAGAUACGAUAGUGCUUUGAGCGGGACGCCAAAGAGUUUUAUGUAUGUAUGUUUGUUGUAAGUUAUGUGCCGACAAUCACGGUCUUGUCAAGCUGUACACAACCAACCGAGUGUUGACUUCAAACAGACAUUUCUGUGAACUCGAAACAAUAUGAAGGUUUAAUACAGUUGAAUUGAUGCAACAUUUCAUAAAGCAAUAAAAUAUAAUAUAAUUUA